CCAUCAUGGAACAUUACUUUAUGUGAUUCUAACCUAUUUUGAAACAAAUUUAUUUUUUAGAAUUCGGGUACUUGCUUCAAAAUGAGUAAUACUCCCGGAGUAAUUAUAGUUAGUUGCAGCAACACGAAACCAAAGUCUUUAAUAAAAUUGAUAACAAAAUCAUCGGAAAUAACAGAAGACAAUGAAACACCUGGUUUAAUUGAACAUUUAUGGUCAAUAGACACAAAAUAUUAUACAGCAAAUAUUAAGCUUAUAGGAUUAGAAAAUGAUUUUCCAAGAUCCGAGAGAUUUAAUAAUAAUAUCGAGGCAAUUAUUAUCCUAAUGGAUUCUAACAAAUCAAGGGGGCUAGAAGAUUUGAGCAAAUGGGAUGUAUUUGAACAUGACUGCAACUUGGAAGUUAAAUUACUUGUGUCAAAUUAUUGCAAUAAUGAUACCAAAGUUACAAAAAGUGAUGCCCUGGAAUGGUGCUUGAAGAGGGGUUUUGAAUUCAUUGAGCUCUUUCCAACAAACAAUCAGAACGAUGAAUCUGAAGAGGACCUUAUUAAAGAAAAAUUUGGUGUGGAUCGUGUAGUGGAAGCGUUGCACUCCCACACUUGGUCAAAUUUAGUAAUGAAGGUGAGAGAUAAAUCAAAUGAAAAUAUAGGUAGUAAUAAAGAAUCCAGAACUUCCAACGAUGUACUAAAUAAGGAAAACUUUCUACCUGAUGAUGAUGUCGAUGAUUUCACAGAAUUGUUUUCCCAACUACACAUGAUGAAGGAUAGUCUACAAAGUAUGCCAAUGAGUCAGAGAAAACAGUGUGCGGAGCACAUGGUAACAGCUUUCUGGAAAGCUAUGGGAGGUGAAGAAGAGGAAUUAUUUGAUCUGUAAUAGUGGAUAAGUUUAAUUUUAUGUUGUACCUUUUAAAGUAUCUAAGAGAAAUAUAUUAAGUUCCUAAAAAUAUA